GAGGAAAGCUAUAUGUAUCCAAUGGGACGGCAACAGAGGUGAACGCUACUCCUAACAUUUUUAAUCCGGUUCUCUGCGCCCGCGCAUCACUCGUCAACUCGCAACCGCCGCCCGCGCAAGUGCCCGUUACAUUGGGAUUGCAAUUAUUAUUAACAGAAUUAAUUAUUGGUAAUCAAUAUGUACAAGUCACUGGUUCUUUUGUGUGUUUUAUACUGUGUAGUUAUUGAGGCCCGUCCAAAAUGGCAGUUCCUACCGCCCGUACCCGGUUACGUCCCAGUCUACAUCAGAACCGGGGACACACCCCUAGAAGAAAUUAACCCAGAGUUAGCUGAGGCGUUCCACGCCCUACCCGCCGGCAGGAGUGUCGGCAAACAUGUAGAAGCCUCCCCAGAAAUUCCAGAACAACCUCAAGGAGACCAGCCCCAACCAGAGGUCCCCCAACCGUCUGAAGACAUCGUAGACCAUCGCCCUUACGAAAAGAAAGCUCUAGAAAAGAAAAAAAAAGCAACCGAAAUCACUAAACCAAUCGAACGUAGAUAAAAUGUGAUCAUCGUCUCUAAAUUAUUUUGUGUACUUAUUAUUAAGAUAACUUUUAAGCUCAUUAUGUGUAGAAGUUACACUUCUUGAAAACAACGAAUAAAUACUCAAGUUUUUUUCAAAAAACAGCUUGCCAUUCGCUUUACUAAUUUCUACC